AUGCAUGAUCCACCAUUCUGGCAUGGGUUUACUGGUGUUGGACACGUUGCUUACUAUGAUUUAUAUGAUAAUUUGAGUGAUGCUCCACCUGAUCAAAAAAAUUAUUUUGGUCUUCGAGAUUAUUAUUCACUGAUCAAAAGUAUUGUUCGUAAUUUAAUGGAAACAAAAGAAAAAGUAGAUAUCUAUGAAAUAAUUCGACGACAACUUAAAGUUAAUUUUGAUGGUAUUCUUGAUGGUUCAUCACUUUGA